CGAUCCUACACUAGGCAAUGUCUCAACGAGCAGAUGCCUCCCAGUGCGGUGGGGUUGUGGUCGAGUUUGAGUCUGACGACAUCAGGGAUGCGAGAGCUAAAAAAGCUAGGAGUAUACCAGGUUCAGCUCUUAUCUACCUCAAGGGUCCCAAGUUUCUCAUCUAUGUCAGUGGAGCAUUGUCAAUGUGGGGUGACCGCAUGUGGCACUUUGCAAUCUCUGUGUUCCUGAUCGAGCUGUACGGCCAUAACCUGCUGCUGACUGCGGUGUUUGGCUUAGUAGUGGCUGGGUCAGUGCUCCUACUUGGGGCUUUGAUUGGAGACUGGGUUGAUCGCAAUCCCAGGAAUAAAGUUGCACAUGCAUCUCUUUUCAUUCAGAACAUCUCAGUGACAGUAUGUAGCAUUGUGCUCAUGUUGGUGUUCUUAUAUAAGCAAAGGAUUGAACAGAUCUGGGAUGGAUGGCUUACUGUGGUUUGUUAUACGGUGGUGAUCGUCCUGGCAGAUGUGGCAAACCUUGCAAGCACAGCACUGACCAUUGCCAUUCAGAGGGACUGGAUCGUGGUUAUCACAGGCUACAACCGAGGUCACCUAGCUGGAAUGAAUGCAACCAUGAGGCGGAUAGAUCAGGUGACUAACAUCCUGGCCCCACUAGCAGUGGGACAGGUCAUGACCCUGGCCUCUAAUGUAGUUGGCUGUGGUUUCAUCCUGGGCUGGAACCUUGUGUCUCUCAUUGUGGAGUUCUUCUUCUUGUCACGGGUGUACCGCAUCGUCCCUGCUCUUUCAAUCAAACCACCAGUGGUGGAGGAGGCUCAGGUAUAUCUGCAGAGGAUGGAGAGGAGAAGGUGCAGAGAAGGUAAUGUUGCACAACCCCAACCUCUGACAGAAGGUAACUGCAACACAAGCCUGCACCUAAAAGAAAUUACCGACCUGCCGCUGUGUUUCCGGAGGUUUCGCUGGCUGGUGAGCACCUGUAAGGAUGGCUGGAGGGCCUACUAUCGCCAGCCUGUCUUCCUCGCAGGAAUGGGUCUGGCUUUCCUCUACACCACAGUCCUGGGCUUUGACUGCAUCACCACUGGCUAUGCCUAUACUCAGGGCAUAAGUGGCUCUCUUCUUAGUCUGCUGAUGGGUGUAUCAGCUAUCACAGGGCUGAUGGGCACCGUGAUGUUCACCAGACUCAGGAAGACCUAUGGCCUGAUUAAUACAGGGAUCAUCUCAAGCUGCCUCCACCUGGGCUGCUUGCUGCUGUGCGUGUGCUCUGUGUUUGCUCCUGGCAGCCCAAUGGAUCUUAGCUUGCUGAUGCCCUACAUUAACUCCAACUCCUCUUCUGAGCUUGGAGGGAUGACAAGCCAAAGGCAAAAACACACCUAUCCUCUGAGGGGAGGCAGCAAUCAGCCACUGCUACCUGACCGCUCCUCCAUCCACUGGACCAACAACACUGUGCUUUUUGAUAACGUGCCCUCUGGCACGGCGCCAGAAUCGUACUUCUCCAUCAUCCUGCUGUUCUUGGGUGUCAUCACAGCACGCAUUGGUCUAUGGUCCUUUGACCUGACAGUGACCCAGCUGCUGCAGGAGAACAUCUGUGAGUCAGAGAGGGGUGUGGUAAACGGGGUGCAGAGCUCUAUGAAUUAUCUGAUGGAUCUGCUACACUUCAUCAUGGUGAUCUCCGCUCCACAGCCACAGCACUUUGGUAUCCUAGUUAUCAUUUCUGUAUUAUUCAUCACCACUGGGCACACUAUGUACUUCCUGUAUGCGCACAAAGCCAAGAGAAAACGUCGCCUUGACACAUAAGGAGCAGACAAGGUCCACGUAUCCAGGCAUGAGAUGCUUACCAGCACUGAAUCCACUCUGCACCUGUGAA